UCACACUGCCCAACACAACCAGCAUUUCAUGUAGUGUAUAUAAGAGGUGCAAAGGCGAUAGACAAACUUUAUUAUACACUCCAAAAUGUUAUUCAAAUCAAUUAUACCACUGGCCAUCUGUGCGCUCAGCAUAAAACCAUUUCUGGCAGCCGCUGCGACCGACGAACAGCCAAAGCCAGCCGAUGAGAAGCAAUUUGCAGUCGAGCUCAAUCCGGAAACAUUUGACGAGGCCAUCGAAGCCGGCAAUGUCUUUGUGAAGUUUUUUGCGCCAUGGUGCGGCCAUUGCAAGCGCCUGCAUCCGUUGUGGGAGCAGCUGGCUGAAAUAAUGAACAUAGAUGAGCCGAAGGUGACCAUUGCCAAGGUGGACUGCACCAAGCAUCAGACGCUCUGCGCCGAUCACCAGGUGACUGGCUAUCCCACGCUGCGACUCUUCAAGCAGGGCGAAAAGGAGUCGAUCAAGUUUAAGGGUACACGCGACUUGCCGGCCAUCACCGAUUUCAUCAAUCAGGAGCUGAACACGCCCGCCGUGGAGGAUUUGAGUGAGCAGCAGCAUCUGGAUGGCAGCGGAAUGAAUCCCAACGUGGGCAAGGUCGUUGAUCUGACGGAGGAGACGUUCGCCAAGCAUGUGUCCAGCGGCAAUCACUUUGUCAAAUUCUUUGCACCCUGGUGCAGCCAUUGUCAGCGUCUGGCACCCACUUGGGAGGAGCUGGCCAAGGAGCUGAUCAAGGAGCCGGAGGCAACGAUUUCGAAAAUCGAUUGCACACAAUAUCGCAGCAUAUGCCAGGACUUUGAGGUCAAGGGCUAUCCCACACUGCUCUGGAUAGAGGAUGGCAAAAAGAUUGAGAAAUAUGCGGGUGCACGCGACCUAUCCACAUUGAAAACCUAUGUGGUAAAGAUGAUCGGUGCCCCAAGCGCCACUCACGAUCUGGACGAUGUGGCAAAAGACGCAUCGGAGGAGGCUAAAAAGCAAAUUGUGCUGCAGCUGAACGGCAGCGAGGAUUUCGAGAAGGCCACCGGCGAUGGCAUUGCCUUUGUGAAAUUCUAUGCACCCUGGUGUGGACAUUGCCAGAAGCUGCAGCCCACCUGGGAACAGCUGGCAACAGAGACGCAGACCGCCGACUUGGGCAUUGUGUUUGCCAAGGUCGACUGCACAUCGCCGGAGAACAAACAGAUCUGCAUAGACCAACAGGUCGAGGGCUAUCCGACGCUCUUCCUCUACAAGAAUGGCCAGCGCCAGAAGGAGUACGAAGGCAGUCGCUCACUGCCAGAGCUGCAGGCGUACGUCAGGAAAUUCAUCGGUCACGAUGAGCUCUGAGCUGUGCGCAUACAUCAAAUGAUGAACCGAAACACACACCAAUACGAAUGUCAUCGCCAAAGUAAACUAAUUUCUGCAUGUUCGAACCAGCUAUUGCAGCCUCUAUGAGGGCAUUGAUAGGUUGAUAGUCGUGCCAUUUUGGACCGAGUAGUCAUCCAUUUGGACAAAACAAAAAACAAAAAAAAAACAAAACAAAACAAAAAUUUAAAUAAUAAGUCGAAACAAAACAAUCAAA